AACGUGCUCUAGAACGAGGAACAAUCUAAUCAUGAGGAGCCUCUCAUGCUCUCCAGAGGACCCUUCAAGCGUACCGACAUAAUUUGUAUUGUCAAUGCUUUGCUUGCUUUCUUUGUUACUCGUAUUAUUACAAGCCACGGUGAUUCGUCAUAUUGUAUACUAUGCAUUCAUUACCCUAUGUUCGCAAGCAUUUACACUAGAUGGAGCACGGAGACAUUUGGCGAAGCUGUGUGAUGUUGCACUGUUGAAUUGUGAGUUUAACUGGUCUUACUUCAUUAUUCUGGAAACAGGCACGGUAGAUUGGAGAUGGCGCAUGAAUGGAAUGUUGGUAUGCGGGGGAACAGAGUAUGCAUCCGGAUGACAUAUUGUCCUAACUGGAAGGGGUGGACAGCUUGGCGCCACAGAUGCGUUAUGUUAUCAUUGGUAACGUUGAUUACCGUGACGAACGAGAUCACACAGAUGGAAAUGUAGCCCGGGUUCA